CAGUCAUUGCAGUACUGGGUAGAUAACCGUGGCCAGCUUUGUCAGACGAGUUUGAUUUGGUUAGGAUUUGAGGGUGUGAGAGGGGUGAGAGGUGCUCCACGGUCAAAUAUCUAACGCGUCAACUCAUAUUUUCCAGCGAUCUAGUCGCCGCAAUUAUGUGAAACUACAAGGUGCUUGCGAAUAAAAGCACCAAAGAUCAACAAACGCUUGUUCCGCCCUUUGAGGCUCGAUUGGGAUGGCUGAUAACGAAGAGGACAGUCUGCCAGCUGUCGAGGUGCCGGAGAAUGAGGAUCAGGCCGGAGACGCGCCAAGCGAAAGCGAUGUUCCGCAAAGUCUGGAGCCAAUUUCUUCGGACACAAAUUUGGGGCCCAGCGAUCAGUCCCAAACAGUGGCAAAUAAGGAUUUGGCUAAAAUUGACGUCUACUUGAAGGCGACAGGCAAUGCGCCGAUCAUGAAGAGAAAGAAAUGGACCGUCAGCCAGGAUCAGCACAUUGGCUGGAUAGCAGAGUUCAUUAAGAAAUAUUUGAAACUUGACCCAAAUGAGAGAUUGUUCCUGUAUAUUAAUCAAACGUUUGCACCAGCACCCGACCAGACUGUUAAAAACCUGUACGAUUGCUACGGUAUCGAUGGAAAGCUAGUAAUUCACUACUGCAAAUCUCACGCCUGGGGAUGAACUUUGUUCUGAGCAUUUAAGAAGGAGCUAACAACGAAAUGAUGGGACUUUUGAGUAGCAGCCAACCAUCACUGGGGUUUUCACUGGCUCCAUGAACUCCAUAUUAUGAUAGAAGUUUAGCCUGAGUGAGAAAGUAAAAAG